AUGCAAUCUCCACUCCCACCAAUUGCUCACGGCUCGUAUUUCACGAUUCUCCCCAAGCCCACGGCUUCUGUGUGCAAGAACGUGUCGCAACAAUUUUACGACGCUGUGAAGGACGUGACCUUCCCCGGGUUCCCCGGCACGCUCGGCUCCUUUGUCAACAGCCCAGACACGUUCACCCGGCAGCUCUUUCAAGGGUUUGCGACCGCUGUGGGCAUCAAGGACCUUCAAGUCAACUUCGUGGAUCCCGCCCUCAAGGCCUGUUGGAACAUGACAGGAAGGCCCCUCCCUGCUGCUGCAGGCUGCUGCGAUCCAUUCAUCCUCCCCGCCACGUGUCCCUCCAAUCUCCUCGACACUGCCGCCCACCCCGAAUACCUCAAAGUCCUCAACCGCACCGUCCCCGACUUUUGCCACAACCAGACGGAUGGCGCCGCCCCUCCGUCAGCCUCCGCCCCGCCUGCACCUGGGGGUUCUCCUGCUGCUUCGUCACCUGGGGGUUCUCCUGCUGCUUCGUCUCCGCCUGCACCUGGGGGUUCUCCUGCUGCUUCGUCUCCGCCUGCACCUGGGGGUUCUCCUGCUGCUUCGUCUCCGCCCGCACCUGGGAGUCCAGCAGGCGGUAACUCUAGUGCUGCUGGCAGCAGUAACUCGAGCAGCCCUGGCAAAGCAGCAGGCUCGACAGUGUUUUUUGGUCAGGGCGGCGGCUCGUUCGCGCAGUCGAUUAUGGGGCAGCGGCGCGUGUAUGCCGGUCGCGGUUCGCCGAUAACGACAGCGCACGACGGAAGCAACUCGCCCGUGGCGACAGCGUACGCUGGUAACGGCCUCGUCGCCGAUUCGCCUGCGAGCGCCAAACGCGGCCGCCAUGGCGAUACCAAGGCGACUCGGCAUCUAGAAGAAAAGAGCCUUCAUGACUCGCCGCAAGUCGCGGAAAACAAACUCCGCAAGUCGGAGUCGCAAGUAGAGUCGCUCCAGGCGCCGCGAAGGAGCGUGGACGGUGACGUGGCGGCGUCGGUUGAUGACGUGGAAAUGGAGGAGGAUGACGCGCACUCAGCGGCAGAAUCGUUUUUCACCGACGGAGGAUCCACCGCGAACCUCGUGUCUAUAGCCAUGGAUGGGGAAGGGGAGGGGGAGGGCGAUACCUCGGACGAGGAGGAAGAGAAUCGGAUCUUCUCACAACGAGACGAUUUGGGCGGCAACGGCGAAAGCGACUGGGAAGGGAAAGAAAAGUUCCCGGAGUUGGGAGCGAUGAGGGGCAGUAGCUUCCUGGAAAGUGCGUUUGUGAGCGGUCGGGCGAAGCAGCAACUGAGUCUGUCCAGCAUUCUGGCGAGCGGGUUUGGGAGCACUGUGGGCGGCAGUGUGGAUGGUGCAGCGGUCGGGAAUAGUUCUGCUGUUGCAAAGUUGAUUCAGGAGCUUAAGGACUCCCAAGCUCGGAAUGCCGAAGCUGAGGCUCGGAUCCGCGAGGCCGAAGCACAGAAAAGGGACCUGAAGGCGGACCUGACCAAGUCUGAGGCUCGGCAGCGGGAGCUGGAGGUUCGGCACGAAGCUGCGCAGGCUCGGAUGCAGCAGAUGAGAAAGCAGCUGGCGGAAACACAGGGGGAGCUUUUCCAAGCGCGGCUGGAAGCAGGGGGAAGGGGGAGAGGCGCGGAAGGGGGAGGCGGAGGGGAGAAGGGGGAAGGCGCGGGGGGAGGAGGGGGAGAAGGGGGAAAGCGGAAGAGCCCCUUGGGGGGAAUAGGGCGCGCGCAUGUGACAGGGGGGUAUGCUUCCGCCAUGGCUAAGCUUAUAGAGGAGAUGCAGGAAUGUGAGGCUCGGCAUGCCGAGGCUGAGGCUCGGUACAAGGACGCGGAGGCUCGGGUCAAGGAGUCGGAGGCUCGGAACAGGCUAGGGGAGGUUCGGCACAAGGCGGCAACGCAGUGGCUGGAGAUGACGGAGCAGCGGUUGGUGCUGACUCAGCGCCAGCUCAGCGAGGGGGAAUUGGAGAAGGAGAGAGGGGAGGUGGGGAGGGUACGGGCGGAAGGGGAGGAGCUGAGGAGGAAAGUUGCUGCUGCUGAAUCAGAAUUGAAACAUGCCAUGGCGCAGGUGCAGCAGGAGCAGCAGCGGGCGGAGGAGGCAGCAGAGGCGAUGGGGGAGAUGAGCAGGCGAGUGGCAGAGAGGGUGGAGGAGGAGAGAGUGUUGCGGGCGGCGAUUGAAGCAGCUGCCGUGAGAAGGGUGGAGGAGCUAGAGAGAGAGAUGGACUCGUUAAAAGCUGAUUCGUUACAGCGUUUGAAGGCUCUGCAGUGUGAAUUGGAAGGGAGGGAAGAGCAGCAAAGGGAGAGGGAGAGGGAAAGGGCGAGGGAGAAGGAGAGAGAGAGGGCUGAGCAGAGGGAGAGAGAAGGGAGGCAGAUGGAGGUGAAGUGGAGAGAGGCAGAGGAGGGAAGAUGCCGGGCAGAAGAAGCCCUGAGAGGGGCAGAAGAAAGGUUGCAGCGGGCAGAGGAGGAGAGGACAGCAGCAGAAGAGGGAAAGAAGCGGGCACAGGAGGAAAAAACAGCAGCAGAAGAGGCAAAAAAAAGGGCAGAAAGGGCGAAGAGGCGAGUUGAGGCAGAGAGAAAGGAAGCAGUGGAGGAGAGGGAUAGGCUUAGAGAGGAAAAGGAGAAGCUUAUAGAGGAGAGGGAUAGGCUUAGAGAGGAAAAGGAGAAGCUUAUAGAGGAGAGGGAUCGAGUAGUGAAGGAGAGAGACAGCGUUGUAAAGGAAAGAGAGGAGGCUAUAGGGCGGGCAGAGAGGGCUGAAGAUGGAAAGGAGGUGGCAGAGAGGAAGGUGAAGGAGGGUGAGGAGCGGUUGAGACAGGUGGAGGAGAGAGUGAGGGGGCUUGAGAGAGAGAAAGGGAAGACGGAGAGGUGGAUAGAGGAGGUUAGGAGAGAGAGGGAGGAGAUUGGAAGGCGGGUAGAUGAGAUGAUGAAAAGUAAGGGAGAGCUAGAGAGGAGGUUGGAAGUGGUAGUGAGAGAAAGAGGGGAGGGAGAGAGGGAGAGGGAUAGUGUGAUUGAAGAGAAAUGGGCGGUUGAGCAGAGACUGGCAUUUGUGACUGCAGAGAGGGAAGAAGUUGAGAGGAAGUGUGCUUGUAUCGAAAGGGAGAAGAAAGAGAUUGAGGAAGCCAAGGGUGUGAUUGAAACGAGGGCUGCUGGGGCUGAGAAGGAGGUGCGUUUGUUGCAGUCACAGAGAGGAGAGAUGGAAAGACAGGUGCUUUUGUUAAAGUCACAAAUGAAUGAGUUGCAGCAGAAAGUGCUUUCGUUAGAGUCACAAAAGAGUGAGUUGGAGGGGAGGGUGGGCGAGAAGGAGAGGCGAGUGAAGGACCUGGAAGCGACCCUGCAGCUGAGGGCUCAGGAGAUUUCAACAAAGGCCCAGGAGAUUCUGCAGAAGGCUCAGGUGGUUUCUCAGGUGCAGCAGGAAAUAGGGAAGCUGAAGAAAGGAAUGAGGGAGAAGGAGAGGGAGCUGGGGAGGAUUGAGAGAGAAGGGAAGGAGAGAGAGGGGAGGAUGGUUGAAAUGGAAAGGCGAUUGGGGGAGAAGGAGGAGGAGAUUGGAAAGAUGAGGGAGAGGGUGGAGGGGAAGGGGAAAGAGGUUGCUGUUUUGGAAGGGAAAAUGAAGGAGCAAGAGGAGGUGGUUGAAGGGCUUGCAGCUCGGUUGAGAGGGAAGGAGGAGGAGGUUAGUGAGUUGCGGAGCAGAGCGGAAGGGAGGGAGAGGGUGAUUGAAGGCCUUGAGGCUGAUGUGAGGAGCAAGGGAAAGGAGAUUAGUGAGUUAAAGAGUAGAUUGGAAGAGAGGGAGAGGGUGAUGAGUGAGAUGAAAGCGGUGGCGGCGGAGAGGGAGCGAGCAGUGGAGGAAUUGAAAGAGGAGGUGGGGAAGAGCGAGAGGGAGGUGGACGGUUUGAAGGCGGAGGUAAGGGAGCGAGAGAGGGAGAUUGCUGACUUGCAAGUGGCUUUAAGCGAAGCGCAGGUGGCUUAUAACGAGUCGCAGGAGGCUUUAGAGAGGACAAGGGAGUCUCUGAGUGUGUCUGAGCAGGCGCUAGGUGAUGCCAGGUUGGAAUCUGCCGCCCUGAAGGAGCACCUGGCGGACCUGGAAAAACACCUGGCGGCAACAGAGAGGCAGGUGGGCGCAAAAGACGAGCACCUGAGCGGGAUUGCGAGGCACCUGGCGGCCACAACAGAGGACCUGGCUGCUGUUCAGGCGGACCGGGCGGCAGCACAUGAGGAGGCGGAGAGGUUACGGGGAGAGGUGGAACGGUUGAGAGGGGAGGGGGAGGAAGCAAGAAAGAAGCUAGAGAUGGUGCAUGGGGAAUGUGUGGAAGCACGGGAGGAGGCUGAGACGCUACGAGGGGAGGUGGAAGGCUUGAGGGGAAAGUUAGGGAGUGUGGAAAGGGGGUUUCGAGAGGCAGAGGAGGAAGGGGAGGUGUUAAGAGAAGAGAUGGAAGAUUUGCGAGAGAAGUUGGCGAGUGUGCAGGUGGUAUGCGCAGAGGCACAAGAGGAGAGGCAGAGGUUGCGAGGGGAGGUGGAGAGGUUGACGGGUGAGGGGGAGGAGCUGAGGGGAAAGCUGGGGAGUGUUGUGGAAGAGAAGGAGAGCAUAAUGUGGGAGGCUGGUGUGCUUAGAGAGGGGAAGGCGGCUGUAGAGAGGGAAAGGGAGGAGCUGAGAGGGGAAGUUGGGGCGGUGAGGGAGAUGGUUGCAGCAGCAGAGGAAGAGAAGAGGGAUUUUCAAGAGAGGCUGAGAAGGGCUGAGGAGGAGAGAGAGGAAGCAACGAAGGGGCUUGAUGCGUUGAGUGAGGAAGUGGAGAGGCAGUGUGGGGUGAUAGCAACAGGGGAAGAGGAGAGAGUGAGAGUGAGAGAGGAGUUGAGAAGGGUGGAGGGAGAGAGGAAGAGGCUUGAAGAAGAGGUGGGGGUGUUGAGGAGCAAGGAGGAAAGGCUUCAGGGGGAGGUUGUGAGGGUUCUGGAGGAGAAGGAGGGAGCGUUGGGGGAAGUGGGAAGGGUUUCUGAGGAGUUGGAACGAGAGAGGUGUGAGGUGGAGAGGGCAUCGAGCGAGUUAAAGCAAGCAUCGAGUGAAUUGCAGCAAGCUUGGGGUGAGUUGGAGGGGUUGAGAGCGGCACUGGGGAGUGCGGAGGAGAGAGCGAGGAGCGGGGAGGAGAGAGGGAGGGAGUUGGAAGAACGGUUGAGUCAGGUCGAGUCCGAUGCAGAGCGGUUGAGAGAGCGGGUGGUGGGGCAAGAGAGGGAGAAAGGGGAGCUUCUGCAGCUGCUGGGAGAGGCGAGGGAGGGAGAGAGGGAGCUGGAAGCACAGGUAUCACAGGCGAGGGAGGAGAUAGAGAGAGUGAGGGAGGAGUGUGGGAGAGUGGAGGGGGAGAGGAAGAGAGAGGAGGAGAGGAGGGUGAGAGUGGAGAGCGAGAGGGAUGAAACAAAGAGGGAAGGAGAGGAGAGGGUGAAGGAGCUAAAGCAGGAAUUGGAAGACAGGGAACACACCAUGUCAAGGGAAUUGGAGGAAAGGGAGCAAGAUCUGAAAGUGUCAAGGAAAGAAGCAGAGGUGCUGCGAGGGCAAGUGAGAUGCGUAAGUGAGGAGUUGAGUACGGUGAAAAGAGAGGUAGAGAAGAAGAAAAAAGAGUUGGAGAAGACAAAGGGAGAGCUUGAAGGCGUGAGGGGUGAGCUAGAGGGCAGGAGCAGAGCUCUGGAUACCACAAGAAGCAACCUGGAAGGUGCGAUGAACGAUUUGGAGAGGAGCGAGCGGGAACUGGAGGGAACCAGGGGGGAGUUGGAGAGGGUAGGGGGGGAGGUGGAGCGUGCUGAAAGGCAUGGGAAGCAGCAGGAGGAGCGGGCUGCAGAGCUGGAGGGUCGAUUGGGUGCAGCAGAGAAGAGCAUAAACGAGAAGGAGAGUACUCUAAGAGAGAAGCAGGAGAUUAUUGGGGGGCUUCAGGACCUUGUGGUGAGUCUGCAAGAAGGUAAAGAGGCGCUGCGAGAGGAGAUGGAGGGACGAUUGGCGGAAGCAAACGAGAGUUUAAGUGCCAAAGAGAAGGUUAUUUGUGAGAGGGAAGAGGAUAUUAUGGCGCUUAAAGACCUGGUUGUGGGUUUGGAAGGGAGUAAGAAGGGGUUGGAAGAGGAAAAGGAGGUUUUGGAAGGGCGAAUUGAGGGGUUGAGGGAGAGGAUCGUAGAGGCGGAGAGGCGGGUUGAUGAGGUGGAGAGGGAGAGGGAUGACGUGGCGGCAAAGGCGGUUGCCAGGGUGGCGGAGGCCGAGGGUGACGUGGCGGAGAAGCGCGCUGAGCUGUCGCUGGCGAAUCAGGAGCUGGCGGUGCGUGCGGGGCAGAUUGCUGAGCUGUCUUCGCAACUGGACGAUGCCAAGGCGACUGUGAAGCACCAUUCGGACCGGAUUCGAAUGCUGGACAUGGUGUGUGCGGUGAGGGAGGAGGAGAUGAAGAAGCUAGAGGAGCAGCAAGGGGCGGCGAGGCAGGAGGCGAUGGAGAGAGUGAUGGAGCGAGACAAGCAGAUCGCUGAUUUGAGAGCCAAGCUGCAAUCUGAGUCGUCCAAUGUCUUUGAGGCGCGGAACAGGAUUCAAGCAUUGGAGCGAGCAAAGCAGCGCAUGCAAACGUCAUUGACAGAUGCGCAGCAGCAAAUAGCAGCAGCGAUAAGAGAGAGGGAUGAGGUGAAGGCGGAAAUUGCAAAGCUGAGAGUGAAAUGGGCCGUGCCGUCGCCUGCUGGGAACAACAUUAAGCCGUCGGCCAUCAAAGCGAAGCAGUUGCAGUGA